AUGACUUCUGAACUAAGGGGAUCCUAUAACGAGUUUCUUCUUGAUAAAAUUGGAGAGAUCUUCAGCAAGAAGGAGGCUGAUGCAUUCAUAGAAGCAAAUGAGAAGCAGAGACCAACUGUUCUGAGAGUGAACACGAUGCUGAAGAGAAGGAAGGACGUGAUGGGGAUGCUCCAUCACAGGAAGGUGGAAUUAUCGGCAUUAGAGUGGUGCGAAGAGGGGCUUGUGGCAUUUAAGUCAGCAGUUCCCCUUGGUGCUACGCCUGAAUACCUUGCUGGCUACUAUUUCGUACAAGGAGCCAACUCAUUUCUGCCUGUUUUGAAUUUGCAGAUUGAGGAGAAUCAAAGUGUGGUUGACCUAUGUGCUGCUCCAGGAGGUAAAGUAACGCAUAUUGGGACACUGAUGAACAAUACAGGCGUGUUGUAUGCUGUGGAACUGUGCAAAGACAGAACAUACGCAUUAAAGGGCAAUUUGCAUAGAAUGGGUAUAACUAACGCAAUAGUGAUAAACAUGGACGCAAUGGAUGUGAAAGUGGGGAAGGUGGACCGAGUUCUGCUCGAUGCUCCUUGUUCUGGAACUGGCGUGAUAUCAAAGGACAAAUGGGUUAAGACGAACAAAAGUGAGAAAGAAGUAAAGAAGAUUCAGAAGGAGCAGAAGAAGCUCAUUCUACAUGCAUUUGAUAUGCUGAAACCAAAUGGAAUAAUGGUCUAUUCCACAUGCAGCUUCCUGGUUGAGGAGAAUGAGAUGGUCGUAGACUACUUGCUACGAAAUAGAAAAAGUGCCAAAAUUCAGGAACCUGAUGUCAGCAUCGGUAAAGACGGGUUUAUGAGUUUUAGGGGGGCUGAUUUUUCAAACGAGCUGAAGAAGGCCAAACGAAUCUAUCCUCACGUCCACAACAUGGACGGCUUCUUCUACUGCAAAAUCAAAAAGAUGGCCUAA